AGGAGAUACGGGGCGAAAGCAGUGAGGGUAGUUCGGCCGGCCGGCCAGUCGUGCUGUGGCGGCAACCACGACGCGUAGUCGCUUCACGUUUACCCGUCAUGUUGCCAAACAACCCCCUCGAGAACCCUUUUAACACCUCGAUUACCGAUUCGCGGAACGGAUGAGAUAAGAGGCGAACGAAAGAUCGGGUUCAGACCGGGUUGAUCGAAUCUAGGGCACGACCACGAUGUGUACGGAUCGUUCGAAUCUCGGAUGCACCCUUCUGGACCAGUAUCCUGACCUCCACGCCUAAUAUCAGCUGGUAUAAUUCGUCGUCGAGCGGUCGAGUUAGUGGGAUCGUCCUGGUUUCGUUUGUUCGAGACGCGUCACCGCGUGGUUCGAGAUAAAGUAAGGAAUUCGUGCUUGAUUUCUCGAGAUUUGUGAUCUUCCUGUCGGGGGUAAGCAAAAGUACACCCGCAGGAGGGAUUUUCGAAUCGUUGAUGGUGAAUCGAGUCUCUGCUACACGUGUAAGGGGUGGUUCGCGAAUCGAUCUCGGGGUACAAGUGGUUCUGCUACUAGAAGUAGGAAACGUGUUCUCGCGUGAACAGAUCGGCAGUAGCUGGUAGUUAAUCACCGAACAGUUUCCCUCCGCCUGGUCGAGGAAAAGCCCUGGAUAUCUGAGGAUCAUCCGAAAGGUGACACGCGAUAACCGUGGGGAAAUGUGUGUCAGAAGGCGACGAGCGAACAAAAUUUCUCGAGGGCGACCCUGAAAACGGAGGUAUCGCUCGCUAGGAACUGGAGGUUGUUGAACGGAGAAACAAUCCCGACGUUCCUACGAAUGGCGAAACGGUGGAGAAACGGAGCUAUAGAGAGCUGAUCAGUUUCCCCACGCGCUUGUUAUAUCCGAUCUGAACAGGCCACUAUUCCUUCUCGUCGACGACUCAAGCCACCAGGGAUUAAGAAAACGUGAAAUUAGCGGUAGAAUCCAUCUGCAUUCUCUUCCGAAUCCGUUCGGUGAAAUCAUCUCCCGGCACACGUGUCCAACUUGUUCGUGUUCCAAAAAUACGUGCACCAGAAGGCGUAGCGACAUCCCUCAAGCCGAAAGAGCACCAUCAAGCGGUUAAACGCUCGAAUUAAACGGGAUAACGAAAUCCAAAUACCACGAACGUACAAAUAGGCGAUGGGAGAUAGAGUGACCAAAAGGGCGAAAGAGCGACUGUAAUGAAGGAGACAGCGAGUGGAAACAAAGAAGAGGGUGGCCGUUCCGGUAACGGACUCUGAGCCGUCCAAUGGACGAACGACGUCGAAUCGCGUGGAUGACAACGCGAUUCAUAAACGCGCGCGUACGAAGAGCCGAGGUUAAACGUUGGCGAAACAACAUACUGGCGACGCGACAUCGUAAACGGGGGUGAGUCUCUAAAUGAACAGCAGCGGCGCCUUCGUCGACGAGUGGAAGGAACGAAAAGUCGAGGAGUAGCAGAGAGCUUCGGGUACUUCAAAGAAAAAAGGGGUGAGACAGAGGAAGACGAAUGUGAAACAGAACGAGAAAAAGGACGCGGAAUGGAUAGAAAGAGAGGGAAAGAGUAGAGGCAGGUGGGGAGGGAGCGACAAGGAACGUGGCAUGAAUUAGAACUCAUUUGGUAAAGUGUUGCGCGUGUAGCGAGUUUUGAAGAGGACGUUGUCGGGGGUGGUUCAACGUCGGUGGCCUAGAGAAGGAGGAGGUUGCUGUAUUAAAGGCGAGGAGGGUUGCCGAGUGCAGAGAGCGAGGGUGGCGGAACUAAAAGCGAAAACGAGGAUGAGGAGAAAUAGUGAGUGUGAUAUGAGGAAAAGAGGAGGGUUGGGGUGGAGCUGAGAGGAGGAUAGAGCGAGAGAAACAGAACGACAGGGGGAAGAGGGAAAAGGGAAGAGAGAAAAAGGUGAAGGUGCUGGACCGUAUCGCGGAAACUCGAAUCUUCCUGACAAGUUGAAGGUACAAAAGAGGGAGAGGCAGAGUGAAUCAGACGUAGCGACCGGGCAAUACAGGAGAAGUAGAAAAAAAAGGUAGAGAAGAAAUCAGAGGAAGAAAGAGGAACGGAGAAAAAGAGAGGUGUGGCGUGGAAAGGUUGGCGAAGAAACAGAGGAACAGCACUUUACCGGUUCUCGCUUCACGCUCAAAGAAAACGGGUCGACUUUUCGAGCUUGUACGACUACCGAGAAAGCAGAAAAUGACUUGAACGACGGAGAAUCGUCGAAAUAGAGUCGUGAUGCGUGUCGCGAAAUUGACGAAGGAGCACUUUUCCGGGUCGUCUGAUCGGAAAAUAAAACACAUUCGGCUGAUGACUUCGGACGAUCGAUAAACUAUGCUGAAGGCGAGGAGGAUAAACCAAGAUUUGAGCCGGGCUUUUUCGGGACGGUGGCUCAGGAACAAAAGGUUCAAGAUGCUCGAGGAAACGAUGGAUGAAAUCAUAGCUAGGAUUACUCUUGAUGAAACCGUAUUAACGAAGGAACAUACGAAAGCGAUCAGACAACUUUGGAUCCGUCUAUUUCGCCACUACCAAUCAUUCCGUAUCUAAGGAUCGUCCAAGGACUGCCUUUAACGUGUAAAUAGAAGAUGUCCAAAUGAAACCUGGUGACCACGGAAGGCCUAAAAAAUCAUCGACCUAAGAUUUUUCUACAGUGCGCUUCAAGCACGGCAACCUAAUCUCGUUAAGUUCCGAGCAACCGAUAAAUACAUAGAAUUUAUAGAAACACCUUGACCAUCCUAAUCGAGGAAUCGACUUUAAAGAGAUAUCCAAUUAAUCGUAAAUCGGACAGAAAACAUUCGUCAACGUCGUUCAGAAGAAGUUUCUCACGAGAACGCGGCAUAAAAUGCUUCGAUCUUUGAGCAAACAGCAAGCUCCGCGCAACAAGUAGACAAAGUCCAAGCCGGCUAAAAUGAGCCAGCCUUUCGUUCAGAUGUUGAUUCUGCUGCUAUCACUGCACCAGCUAUCGGUGUUGAGUCAAUCGAAGGCGCACAGCGAGCGGGAAGCAGUGCUGAUCCCUGGCGACAUUGUUCUGGGAGGACUGUUUCCGGUGCACGAGAAGGGCGGCGCCUCUUGCGGGCCAAGCGUCUACAAUCGAGGCGUGCAACGACUCGAGGCGAUGCUGUUUGCCGUGGAUCAGAUCAACAAAGACAAGAAGAUACUUCCAGGCAUCACGCUGGGCGUACACAUCCUUGACACCUGUGGCAGAGACACGUACGCGCUCAACCAGAGUCUGCAUUUUGUUCGAGCAUCUCUGUCUAAUUUGGACAUCAGCGUGCUUGAGUGUGCGGACAAAUCCGUGCCCAGGGUGAAGAAGACGGCCAGUGCUGGGCCGAUCUUCGGCGUUAUCGGAGGUUCCUAUAGCUCCGUGUCGUUACAAGUGGCAAAUUUGCUGAGGUUGUUUCACAUUCCACAGAUCUCGCCUGCUUCUACCGCUAAGGCGCUUAGCGAUAAGACCAGGUUCGACUAUUUCGCGAGGACGGUGCCUCCGGACACAUUCCAAUCGAUCGCAUUGGUGGACGUGGUGAAAAGUGCAAAUUGGUCCUAUGUCUCGACCGUCUACUCCGAGGGUAGCUACGGAGAAUACGGGAUCGAGGUGUUCACCAGGGAAGCGACAGAACGUAACGUGUGCAUCGCGGUAGCGGCGAAAGUGCCUAGCGCCGCGGACGAUCGUGUAUUCGACGAUAUCAUCCAGAGACUGAGUAAAAAACCGAAUGCCAGAGCUGUAAUUCUGUUUACCCGCGCAGAGGACGCUAGAGGAAUCCUCGAAGCGGCCAGAAGAUCCAACAUGACAGCAUCCAGUCAACCGUUUCAGUGGCUGGCUAGCGAUGGCUGGGGUCGUCAAAUCAAACUCGUAGAGGGUCUCGAAGAAGAAGCUGAAGGCGCUAUCACGGUGGAGCUUCAGUCGGAGAACAUUCCAGGCUUCGACGAGUACAUGGCCUCGUUAACUCCGGACUCGAACCGUCGAAACCCUUGGUUCAGCGAGUACUGGGAGGAAGUGUUCGGUUGCGUUCUCAAAAAGAAUAUCAGGCUCGUAGGAAAUCAAAAUAGCACCAUGUGCUCGUUGAAGCUUAGACUGACCUCGGAAACCGGAUAUGAGCAAGAGUCGAAGGUUCAAUUCGUCGUGGAUGCCGUGUACGCUUUCGCGUUGGCACUGCACAACCUUCAGAGGGACGUGUGCACGAAAACCAGCGGUUUAUGCGCCGCGAUGGCCAACUACGACCGAGCCCUAUUCUAUAGAAACUACCUGCUGAACGUGUCCUUUACAGACACUGCUGGCAGCGAGGUAAAGUUCGACGAGCACGGGGACGGGCUGGCGCGGUACGAAAUCCUCAACUUUCGGAAAUCGGCAACUAACGGGACUAAUGGAUAUCACUAUCGGGUGGUAGGAAAAUGGUUCAACUCAUUGGAUAUUCGCACGGAGGAACUGGUCUGGGCACGAGGCACCAAGGAUCUACCAAUCUCGGCAUGCUCGCUACCCUGCGAGUCAGGUAUGAUAAAGAAGCAACAGGGUGACACUUGUUGCUGGGUGUGCGACCAGUGCGAGGAGUACGAGUACGUCUACGACGAGUACACCUGCGUGGACUGUGGCCCGGGAAAAUGGCCACACGAAGACAAGAGGGGCUGCUACGAGUUGCCCAUAAACCACAUCAGAUGGAACAGCGCGUUUGCGAUCGCGCCAGCGGUGAUUUCGUGUCUUGGAAUUGUGGCCACCCUUGCAGUCGCGUGUCUAUUGUUCCAUCAUAGAGACACACCCGUAGUUAGAGCGUCAGGACGCGAGCUUACGAUCAUUUUGCUGGCUGGUGUGCUCGUUUGUUACCUGAACACGUUCCUGUUGCUAGCAACGCCUACUACAGUUACCUGCAUUCUUCAGAGGUUCGGUGUGGGGGUGAGUUUCAGUGCAGUUUAUGGAGCACUGUUGACCAAGACGAAUAGGAUCGCCAGAAUCUUCGAUUCUGCAUCGAGGUCGGCCGUUCGGCCAAGGUACAUUAGUCCUGCGUCCCAAGUCUGCAUCGCGGCCGCGCUGAUCGCACUGCAGGUGGUUUUGACCCUGGUAUGGAUGAUCAUCGAACCACCGGGAAGAAGAUUCUCCUACCCAGACCGCAAGCAGGUGAUCCUCAAGUGUAAUAUCCAGGACAUGAGCUUCCUCUUCUCCCAGUUGUACAACGCGUUGCUAAUCCUAAUCUCAACAGUGUACGCGGUGAAGACACGGAAAAUACCGGAGAACUUCAACGAGAGCAAGUUCAUCGGCUUUACUAUGUACACCACCUGUAUCAUCUGGUUGGCAUUCGUGCCGAUCUACUUUGGAACCGGAAACGCACACGAGACUCAAAUUACCACACUCUGCGUGGCGAUUAGUUUAAGCGCCACGGUGACAUUAGUUUGCUUAUACUCGCCAAAGGUGUACAUCAUCGUCUUUCAACCGGACAAAAACAUCCGCAGGAAAGUCACUAUGGGCGAUAAGUCUAAGAAGCAAGGGAGUAGCGCGGGAACCUCUUCUAUUACCAAAUACACGGGAUGUGAACUAACCAGCGAGAGCAUGCCUCUCCAGAGUGCACUGACGGCCGCGGUACAGACGUCUGUAGGCGUGACGGAGAUCUCCCUAGCGUCGAACACAUCGAGCAAAACUAAUAACGAGCAAGUAGCGCAGCUGUAGAGAAGCGGGCUGUAAUUCAGAUUUGAGGAAACGCGGCAUUCUGGCGGCCGGCCAACCGAUAAGACCUCCGAGUCCGCUGAAGGAGGACCACGACACGUGUGAAUAGUGCGAAUUCGUGCUAAUAAGAAAAGUAUGUAUUUCGAAUACGGUGAAAAAGUUGCACGGCAAAAAAGCAGUCGUGCAAAGCGGACGAAAAUAAUGUGCGUGCGUGUGCGUAUGUGUGUGUGUGUGUGGGUGUGGGUGUGUGUGAGAUAAGGGAGUGACGGGAAAAGUCACUAGAGCCGGCUUAACGAAGGCACUUCCGAUUCUUCCUUCUGUGCGCACUGCUGGUUCCUACGAUACGCCUUCGAUCCUCCACGGCCAUGAGCAAGCUCGACUUCCUUCCACGUAGAUCCAUCGUACGAUUAAAAAUUAGGGAUCUUGGAUCCCAAGAGUGGAGAUAACGCGAAGAGAAGAGAGAAAGACAUGAAAGAAAAACGCCGUGACUACGUCGUAUGUACAUACGCUUAGAUUACUCUGUUUAUUACUCGUGCACGAAGUGUACGAUAUUACAAGAUAUGCUAACAUCGCGAUAUAUAUGGAGAACUGUUUAUAAGCGUUAUUACGAAAACCUGCGUUGCAUAUUAUUCGACACAAAUAUCGGUACUGUCGCUGUCGUCUUCGUUCGUUCGUUAUAUCGAGAUCAUUCGUAUCGCGAUCGCUGUUGUCGUUAUUGUUACUGUUAAAACGGUUAUCUUUGUGAAUAAUAUAUAUGAACGAUAUACGUACACAGGCACGUAUACGGAUAUUUAUAUUAUAUGCCAAUAUAGGUAUAGUACACACGCGAUCUGGCUGGCAUGAGUUUGAAAGUCUAAAUAUGAUUAGUCUCGGCAACGAGAUCGAACGAAUCGGAAGUCAGCAUCGUUGACGACAGCUAGAGGAGAAUUCGCAGAAAGAAUUCGAAUAGCGGAGAAUAUCCCAACAAUUAUCAUCCACAGGCGAAUGAAUUUUACAAUGUUUGUAUCUGUUAUUGGCUUAACGAGCUGACUAAUUGGUACAAUUAAAGCGGCGCGUUCGGCCGCGUAUCGACGAUUAAAUUCGAUUACGAUUAAUAAUGAUGCGAUCGAAUAGAGUUUUCUCUCUGGUAUUUAGCCGAGUAUUUAACCGAGACUACGCUAAAUGUUAAAUCGUUGGAGUACCUGCAUGCGCACACUCGUGCGUAUGGGUAACUCGUGCCAGGAAUUACUCUGUCGGAAAGGGUUUGCUCACGCAUAUGUAAUUAGCUUGUUGGAGUAAUCGACGUUCAUUGUCCACGUUCUUCCCACAUAGAUCGUUGACGAAGUAAAGAAGAAAAUAUUUACAUUCCGUGAGAUGUAUAUAUAUAUAUAUAUGUAUGUAUAUAUGUAUAUAUAUAUAUUAUAUAUAUACUAUUACAUAAAGUACUCGCGUACAUACAGUCACAUACAUAUACAAAUAAACACACAAAUACAGUUCUAUCGUUGCACGAGAUAUUAUGUGUUUGUUUUCGGCACACGAUUACGUAAGUUGUUCAUUUUCCUCGCAACUAGCUGCAAUUAAUUCGGGAGGAUCGUUCGUUAUAGUUGGAAACGAAACCAAAUUUCCACUAAAAGAAUAUCUUUCGUUUUCGAAUUACUUCCCGCAUUUUUUGUAUGGAUUUGAGUUCCUAAAGGACAUGAAAUUGUUUCGAUUACGAGCUAGAUCGUUCCCUUAAGAUUGUUAUUAUUUUUUAGCGAGUAAUUGAUAUCUUUAACGAGUUGAACGUUUCAAAUGUUUAUUUCUGUUGUUUAUUAUAAUCGUAAAGCGUUCGGAUCGCAAAUAUGGAAUUACCAGCAGUCAAUAAAAAGAGGCGUAAAAGAAGUGCAAUUCCAUAGUCUGCCGUACGACACUUUAGAACAAUAACUGGAGUACAGAGAGAACAAGGGUGACAAAGGGAAAGAGGAUAUGAAAGAGAAGAAGAAAGGGACAGGAAAAUGACGAUGACAGGGAAAGAUGAAUGGCGGAAAAUUUUGAAACUAGGCCGACUACGCGAUGCGUGGAUUCAAUAUACAUUUCCUCCAUGAAUAGUAGACAAUAAAUAAAUCGCUAUAAGGCGAACUUCAACCUGGUUCGAUCAAUAUCAGGAUUUACACUCGACCUGUUCGAUUAACAACACCACGAUUUCGUUCUCUGAGGCGACUAGUGGCAUUUAGUUUUUUGCUGGAGGCAUGUAACGCAGGAAACAUAAAAGACGACUAUUGAAUCGUAUGAGAAAUCUCGAAGACUAUAAUUCCAAAAUUCAUUUAACGAUCUGCAAAGAUCGAACUAUUGAUAAGAAAAAUCGAGAUAUAGAGAAAGUUAGAUUGUUACACUUGUAAUUAUAAUCUUCGACGAUUAUACGCACGAAUGAAAGCACGAUUGUUACGAACGAACAAAAUUUUGUCGUUAUUAAAAAGGAGAAUGUAAGGAAAGAUUGACACGAUGGGGAAUUAUAGUUCGAAUGAAUACGAUGCAUCAUACAAAAAAGAUAACUUUGUAUCUUUUAUUAUAACACCGAUCAUUGAAAUAGAUUUUCCCCGUCAAAAGGAA